UCGUUAUUUUACCAGCUCCUUCUAAGAAAAGAAGUGAGCGGUGACGGGAGAAAGAAAACACGACUGAAAGGUUCCAACUUGCGACCGAAUCCGAUUGCGAUCGAAUACAACACCUUUCUGAGAGGGAUGGGAAUUGGGUUCUGGUAGGCGGAUUCCUUGUCUCCAAAGAAAAAAAACAAGAAAUCCACCCAUGCACACCACUGUUUGCGUUGCCGUCCGCAGAAUUGGAGAAACAAAAAUACGCAGGGGUCAAUCAGAUCAACGAUUCUAGUUGCAGGGUAGUUUUUAAAAUUUUAAAUAUUUAUUUUAGCUUUUUAUCUUUGGAUCAAUGCAUUGUAAUUACCCUCUCGUCGGAAGCCAUGAAUGUGAUAGGUAGGUGUGAUAUUCUUGGUCAGUCAAUGGCAAAGUCAAUGGCUCCGAUUCGAAGUUUCUCAGGAAGCAGCUUUGCAAUUUGCUUGGGAAGUCAAUGGGGGUAGGUGAAAGUAAAAUUCAGUGGAUUGAAGCAGAAUCAAGAGAGCAUUUUUAUUUGGGUUUUUUCAUACUGCUAUGGUCUUCUCUUGUCUUCAAGUUUUGAUUGAUAUGACUACGAGUUAGUUUUCGGAUUUGUCGGUGUCGGGUUUCGGUUUGAGAGAAGCUGGAAUGGGAGGAGUUGGGGAAAUUUUUGCAGGUGCUGCUGUAGGAGCAUUGUUUAGUGUGCUGUAUGAUGUUGUUAAGGAUGUCAAGGACAAGACUAUGAUGUUUAGAGAGCUCCUCGGAGAUCUCGAUUCCACAUUAGAAGCGUUAAAUCCACUGAUCAAAGACAUAGAGAGAUACAAAAAGGUGUUGGAUCAAUCAAACAAGGAAGUGUUAAAGAUUGUGAGACAAAUAGCGGAUGGGGAAGGGCUGGUUCUCAAGUGCUCCAAGCUCAGCCGGUGGAAAAGCUUCAAAAAGUAUAAAUACGCCAAGCAACUUCUCGAUUUGGAUAAAUGUCUAAACAGGUUGUUGAAGAUACUGAAUGUGGAGGGAAUAAGGAACGGGUUUGAGAACUUGCAUAUUUCGAGGGAGAACUUGGCCGUGUCGAAGGAGGCCUUGGCCGCUGUCCAGAAGAAUGGUUUGGUAGGAAACAAAGAGAAUGUUGUGAUACAAAAGCAAGAAGGAUUUCAUGAUCUGGGUUCAGUUCCUGAACCUCCACGUGUUACAGUUGGAUUGGAUGAGCCUUUGAGGGAUUUGAAGAUCAUGCUUCUUAAGGACGAUGUCUCGAUGCUUGUGUUGACUGCUGCCGGAGGAUGCGGGAAAACCACAUUGGCAAUGAAAUUCUGUCAAGAUGAGGAUGUCAAAGAUAAAUUCAAGGAAAAUAUCUUCUUUGUCACUGUUUCGAAAGACCCCAACUUAGAUGUUGUGCAAGAGCUAUAUCAACGCAUGAAGUCUCAGGAAACAGGACGGAAUCCGCUACUGUUGGUCCUGGAUGAUGUUUGGUUGAAAUCCAAAUCCCUUCUUCAGAAGUUUGAUGAAUUGGAAUUGCCAAAUUACAAGAUCCUGGUGACAUCGAGAUCUGAAUUUCCAGGAUUUGGCACUCCGUAUAAUCUCAAAGCUUUGAAUGAUGAAGAUUCAAUGACUCUUUUGCGUCAUUCAGCAUCCCUGGGAGAUAGCUUGUCUGUUCCAGAAGAUCUUCUGAGAAAGAUACUCAAGCACUGUAAGGGAGUUCCCCUUGCCAUUACAGUGACCGGAAAAUCGCUUCGUGGACAAGCUACAGAAUUCUGGCGUUCUAGACUAACUGAAUGGUCUAAAAGUUCGAUUCUUGAUUCUGAGACUGAGUUGCUUCUACGGCUUCAAAGUAGCAUAGAUGACUUGGAAGAAAAAGAGGCUGUCAUCAAAGAAUGCUUCAUGGACCUUGGCUCAUUUCCCGAGGACCAAAGAAUCCCUGCUGCUGCUUUCAUUGAUAUGUGGAUAGAGCUAUAUAAGCUAGAUGACGACUUUCUCUGCAUUAAGAACCUCCUUGAGCUCACCACCAGAGGUCUCGCAAAUCUUGUCAUCACUAGGAAGGAGAAUAUAGAGAUUGCGGAUGACUACUACAUCGAACACUUUGUUAGUCAACACGAUAUGCUUCGACAGCUGGCUAUCUACAAUGCGAAACUAGACCCAAUAGAAGAUAGAAAAAGACUGAUUGUCGUAAGUGGACACAAUCAACCCAAGUGGUUGACGGAACAGAAGUCCCAACCCAUCAAUGCUCGCCUCUUAUCUAUCUCCUCUGAUGGAAUGUUCUCAGGAGAAUGGCAGAGCGUUCAUGUACCACAAGUUGAGGUUCUAGUUUUGAAUUUUAAGACAGAGAACAAUGCCUUGCCUGAAUUUGUGGAGAAAAUUGGUAACUUGAAGGUUUUAAUAGUCACAAACUAUGGUUUCUUACCUACUGGUUUGAAUAAUUUUGAUCUUCUGGGUUCAUUAUCAAAUCUAAAGAGAAUCAGGUUAGAGCGCAUAUCAGUUCCUUCCAUUACCAAGAACUUCGUACCAUUGAAGAGCCUGAAGAAGAUAUCUUUAUUCAUGUGGCUGGUAAUUCCGAAGAAAGUACUUGGAAGCACGGUAAUUUCGAAACACGUGGCCUGUAGUAAUUCCGUGUCUCGUCUCGCUUCUUGA